UUUAGAUCAAUAAAUAAUCAAAACAAACGUAGCAAAGGUUGAGACACAUUUCCUACUGUUUCUUAAUUUUAUUUUGUUUCUAAAAAGAACGUUUAAGCAUACUACCUUUCAAAUAUAGCAAAAAUGAAGGAUGCUGAAGACCUCGAAUUGCAAGUCAAUGCAAAUGAAAUGUGUCGUGCUUGUCUGGGACAGUUUACCUCGAAUCAACUGAAGCCGAUUUUCUGCAACGAGAUACUCGAUGGCAAAAUAGUCGCAUUUCCGAGAAUUAUAGAGGAUGCUAUUGAUGUAAAGCCUGUCAAAAACGGGAUAUUUCCGAACAACGUAUGUGUGACUUGUAAAACUAAGCUUAAAGAAAUGUUUUCAUUUAAAGAAAAAGUCACGAAGUCUCAGGAAUUACUGUAUGAAAUAUUUGGAAUAGAUAAACCUGCACCGCCAGCUACACCACAGCAAUCGCCAUCAAAUAUUCCGAAGAAAGAAAAAAUAAACUCACUAGUACAGACUGAUGUAAUUAGAUUUUCCGAAGCAGAUGAACAUAUUUACAGUAGUUUUCUGUUUAUUGAAAAACUUGCAAAACCUAAACUUAUUGAUUGCUUCACACAAAAUGUUCCAUUAGUGAAAGAUUCAUUUACUCAAUUUAUACCAGAACUUGUAAAAAAAAGGCAUGUAUCGACUCAAGUGUCACAACCAAAAAAGAAUGUUCAACAUUCAGGAGUACAAGUUGACAUUCCUACUAAAGAAAUCUGCAACCGUUCAAAGUCUGUAGAUAAUGAGUUGCAUGAUAUUACAGAUAUGGACUUAAUGUAUGAAAUAGAAGAUAAUGCAACAGAUUCAGAAACAGGAAAUAAUGAUGCAGAGGAUAAAGUGCUCAAAGCUGUAGUGAUAACAAAAAACCUUGAAGGAGCAAUAUGUAGUGAAAUAGACCCCAACGAAAAUCAAUUUAUAACAGUAACUGCGUCUAAACCUGACGAACUAGGAAACGUGAAAUUAGAACUCGAAUUAGCAAGCGAUAACGAACCAGAUGAAUGCGUCGCUUACGAAGCCCUCGAUGAAGUCAACAUUGACACGCCUGUGACGGCAAUAUUGUCAGAAACAAAUAAAAAAUCUAAGUAUCAAUGCGGAUAUUGUCAGUACGUAACAGACGUUCGAGCAUUACAUGAUUCGCACAAUGCAAUUCAUCAACAAAGUCUUGAAACAGUUCUAGAUAGUGUUGACUAUUAUCGCUGUAUGACUUGCAAAUGCGUGUACGCAACACUUAUGCAGUUAGAAAAUCAUUUCGAAGGCUUGCGGUGCUCCCCCAUUAGUACAAAAGAUUUCAUUGAGUCAGACGAAACCGAAAAACACGAACAAGCUUAUAGCGAACUCGACAUUUGCCUGCCACGACUUAAAACGUUCUUUAAAAAUGACCAAUCCCAAAUAAUCUGCGAAAAAUGUUCAUUAUCUUUCAAUUCUUUAUCAGAUGCUGCAGAACAUCACACCGUGACUCACGAUUAUGAGGACGAGUCACGCUUAGAAGCAAGUAUACUUUGGGAAUCUAACGGUUAUAAUCAUGUUCAUGUUUGUGGCAUUUGCAAUGACCAAUUUGCAGAUGCCCGUUUCAUUCGACAGCACAUUUACUUCCACCAAAGCAGAUUUGAUUGUCCGUUCGAUUGUGGACAAAGUUUUAGCGAUUUUUUCAAAAUGACAGUUCAUAUAAACCGUAAACAUUUACAAGAAAAAUCCACUAACAAUGAGACACCGUCGUCUGUAAAGACUGCAAAAACGGUUCCACAAUCGGAAUCGGUCUGUCACAUAUGUUUCAAGCGAUUCAUCUCAAAGGCGUCCUUCAAAGUGCACGUAAAAAACCACUUUGCUGAACGACGAUACAAUUGUUCGAUGUGCCCGAAAGCGUUUCUUCAGAAGUCGGAUCUAACUAUUCACAUCCGUUCGCAUACCGAUGAACGACCGUUUUCUUGCACCGUAGCCGGUUGUGACAAAAAGUUUCGCACAUCCAGCCAUCGGCGGGACCACAUGUCCACUCACGCACAAGAGAAAAAAUACCAGUGUGAUGUCUGUCAGAAGUAUUUCAAAGCCGAACGCAUCCUGCAAGGACACUUACGGUUACAUUCCGGGGUCAAACCAUUCGAGUGUGGAUUAUGCGGUAAAUGUUUCAGUAGAAAACAUCAUCUUAAAUUGCACAUGCAAACACACGAUUCUUCAAAUGAGUGAUAAGACAAAAUAAACUAGAAAAUGAUCUUGAGCUUGUGCAUAAAACAAAUGUAAAAUAAUUUUUUGCAGUAUGCUAUUUGCGUUGCGUUUUAUUUCUCCUGCGAUAGAACUGAUUUUCCCUAUAAUCACGUUUCCUUACUUCUAUGUAUUGAGAAACGUCUAAAAGAUGUUGCAUCUGCGCAAGAGACUCCAGAGAUGACGCCAAUCUUUUGGAAAUACUUAAAUACAAGCUAUCUAGGGAGCCUAUACCAGGGGCCUAUAAACGCAACAUUUUGCCUACCAAUCAUAAAUUCAUCACGGUGGUAAUAUUUCAUUUCAAAUGCUUACAAAACUUAUCUUAUUCAAUAAAAGUGCACAUUGUACUGAAAACAAA